AACAUACAGUUCUCAACCCGAACCAAAAUUUACCCAAACCUAAAAUAAUUCGAACUCGAAGUGACCGAACUUUCUUUACUACCUUGCCAGAUCCUAAUUCCGAGAGUAGGAUUCCGCUUACUAUGAGCUUAGAUAUAUAUGUUCCAAGGGAUGAGCAAUUCGGACACGUAAAACUGGCAGACUUUCUUACUUAUGCAUUGAAAUCUCUCGUUCUGUUCCUUUUCCCUGAAUUCAAGUCUCUGUCUGAUUCUAGCCCGAACGAGUUUGACAGCUUUCAAGAUGUACUUAACCUAUAUGAAGGAGGUAUCAAAUUGCCACAAGGGCCCUUGCUCAAAGCCAUCACUGAUAACAUUCCCAUUGAGAUGCUGAGGGAAAUAUUUCGUAGUGAUGGCGAGGGGCUCUUUAAGUUCCCAACCCCACAGGAGUUCCCGCCAAAAAGUAAACUUGAUCCUAAUGUUUAUGGCGACCACACCAGUAAAAUCACCAAAGAGAAUAUCCAAGGAAGAUUAGAUGGUCUUUCUGUUGAGGAGGCAAUAAAGAAUAACCAGUUAUUCAUAUUGAACCAUCAUGACAUGCUUAUGCCGUAUCUGAGGCGCAUAAAUUCAACAAGUAACAAAAUUUAUGCGUCUAGAACAUUGCUUUUCCUGCAAACAGAUGGGACUUUGAAGCCUAUAGCAAUUGAGCUCAGCUUGCCCAGUUCACUAGGAGAUAAAUUUGGUGCUGAAAGCAAAGUGUACACACCAGCUGAACAAGGUGUAGAAAAUGGUGUGUGGGAAUUAGCUAAAGCUUAUGUUGCUGUAAAUGAUUCAGGGGUUCAUCAGCUGGUCAGCCACUGGUUGAACACGCAUGCUGUGAUUGAGCCAUUCGUUAUUGCAACAAAUAGGCAAUUGAGUGCAUUUCACCCAUUAUAUAAGCUUCUGCAUCCCCAUUUUCGCGACACCAUGAGUAUCAAUGCUUUGGCUCGCCAGAUAUUGAUCAAUGGUGGUGGAAUUCUUGAGAAGACAGUUUUCCCUGACAGAUAUGCCAUGGAAAUGUCUGCCGUAGUUUACAAGGAUUGGGUUUUCACUGACCAGGCACUCCCAAUUGAUCUUGUAAAGAGAGGUCUGGCUGUUGAAGACAAAAAUUCUCCACAUGGUGUUCGCCUACUAAUCGAAGACUAUCCAUAUGCUGUUGAUGGGCUAGAAAUAUGGUCAUCUAUCAAAACAUGGGUAGAUGACUACUGCAAGUUUUAUUACAAAUCAGAUGACAUGGUACUGAAAGAUACUGAACUUCAGACAAUGUCUUUGUUAAUCCCUGUAAGUGCUCAUUUUGGAGCUCAGUACUCAGUUUGUUCUGACAUCCGUGAAGCCAUCAAAAACAUUGAGAAGAAAUUGAGUCCGGGCCAAUUGCAACAAUUUCGCAAGACUCCAAUUGGCCACUUCAUGGGGAUUAAGAACCUCCAAUUUUCUGGCCAGAUCAUUCACCAAAUGCUUUUGUUGCUUGUGGAGGGGACUGCUGAACAUGAACCCCAAGACAACAUGUUUGAAGUGGAUUCACAUAUGGUUGAAGUGGAUGACAAGGAGGAUGACGAUUUAGAUGAAGACAAGCUUCUCAUGGAAUUGACUCUCAACAAGGAAAAGCUGUUGGGUAAGGGAAAACCUGUGAUCAACGAACCGUUGCAGAAGAGAAAGAGACAAAAAUCAAAGUACUACUGCAGCCCUUUUACAGACCCCCGACCGCGUAAGAUUGCGCGACCAAAUGUAAAUCCGUUCACAAUUGAAAUAAUAGCUGAAGAUUGGAACAGUCUUGAGAGUUGGAUACAUGAAGCGGACAAUGUCUCUCCCACGACAAUUGAACUACACUCCAAAGGUGUUGGUCACGUCAAUCGAGACUUCUUCCGUGAUCUUAUAGAUCAGGAAAAAUGGCUAAGCAAUGAUCACCUGGAGGCUAUUAUGGACAAUAUGCUGGAAGUUCUCAAUGGGAUAGAGCGCAAGAACUACACUGCUGUUGGACCAGUGUUUGUGAACCACUUACUACGUAUGAGUGCCGAUGAAUGUGUGUGGUCUAAUGAUAAGUUCUUAAGAGAGUUUGAUUGGUCUGGCGUUGAAAAGAUUUUUUUGCCCGUUAAUGGAGAUGGGAGGCAUUGGCUUCUAGCUGAAAUAGAUCUCUUACGAAAUCAAGUUCGAGUUUACGACUCCUUGAAAGGGCCGAAAUCCUCAUUCUACGUUAAAGAAGUAGUAAGAAGAAUACCCCCCCUACUUCACACGGUUAAGGGUGUGGGUGCAAACACUUUGGAGAAGGAAUGGGAAACAUUUGUUGUCAAUGGUAUUCCGCAACAAGACUCUAGGUAUGGCAAUUGUGGAGUGAUGGUCCUUGCAUAUCUAGAGUAUUUGUUGGUUGGCUUACCAUUAAGUCCAGACUGCAGUUCUGAACACAUGCCUGAUUUCCGAUGUCAAUUUGCAGCUAGGUUAUGGCGUGGAAGGAAAACUACCAAUAUUUAGCUUUUUUAAUUUACAAUUGUAGGGAUCUCACAUAUGUUUGUGAAACUCUUUGUAAUGGUUUUUGUGCUUUGUAAUGUAUUUUUUGGGGAAACACUUGUUAAUGAACAAUCUGUUACUGUGUGUUAUGAAUGAAUUACCUUAACUCAU